UGCUAGCACCGCAUUGUGUCCGAGAGCCCCUAGGGCGUCGAAUUACCCGGGCGCUGCAGUGAGAUUUCCACUUCCCGCGUCCCGGAGGUCGGGAUUGUGCUGCAAAGCGGCAUCCGAUGAUGAUGCGGCUACUAGAGCGCCCGGAUUGGAGACGAUCUCAGCUCAGAUCACGCCAGUCAUCGACAAAUUCUUCGUCAGCGAUGUGCAAGGGGAUCCGGACAAGCCAAUGGAGGGGUUCUCGCAGAUAUCGGAGGCGAUCGAGGCGAUCGGUGAAGGAAAGUACGUGGUGCUCGUCGACGGAAAAGAUACGGGGCAUUUGGUGAUGGCGGCAAGCUUGAUCACACCUCAAGACGCUCAUUUCUUUGUGAAAGCAGGCAGUGGUUUGAUGUACUGUCCCAUGAGCCCGAAGCUCUUGGACCGAUUGAGAAUCCAGUUAAUGGUUCGAGAGCACGGCGAGAACGAACCUACGCCGGAGCAAGCACAAACGGUGUCUGUGGAUGCGAAGCUGGGGACGACAACUGGUGUCUCGUCCCAAGAUCGUGCAAACACAAUUCUUGCGCUUGCGUCGCCCGACUCCAGAUCGGAACACUUUCGAAAGCCGGGACACAUUUAUCCUAUUCGAACUCAUAGAGAUGGAGUUCUAUACAGGCUUGGUUUUGCAGAAGCCGCUAUGGAUCUUGUAACUUUAGCUGGGCUGCCGAGUGUUGCUGUGACCACACAUCUUGCGGUCCAAGGACUGCCAGAAUUGAGCAAGUUUGCGGCACAACGCGGAUUUCCAUUCAUUAAAGUUGCCGAUUUAGGAAGGUACAUGAAAAAGAGGGAGAAGCUUGUCGAAAGAACUGCAGUCGCUCGACUUCCAACCAAGUGGGGGGAUUUUAAAGCUUAUAGCUACAAAUCAAAGCUCAAUAGCAUUGAGCACGUCGCGUAUGUGAAGGGCGAUAUUGGCGACGGACAAGACGUGCUUGUGAGAGUUCACUCUGAAUGCCUCACUGGUGACAUCCUUGGCUCUUUGAGAUGCCCGUGCCGUGACAGUCUCGCUCACGCCAUGCAAAGAAUCGAGAGCGCCGGCCGGGGCGUGCUCGUCUACUUGCGUGGUCACGAGGGAAUGCGGGUCGGCCUCGCGGAAAAACUCUCAGCUUACAGCAUGAUGGAUGGAGGCGAAUCCAUCGUGGAAGAAACCGCAGUGGAUUCGCGUGACUACGGCAUUGGUGCUCAGAUCUUGAGAGACAUUGGAGUGAGAACGAUGAGGCUGAUGACCAACAAUCCCGCAAAGUUCCUUGGCUUGCGAGGAUACGGUCUGGCUGUAACGAGCAGAAUUCCAGUGUCUAGAGGGUCAAGCUAAUACGUUACUGGAUGAUUUUUCCCUUGCCAGGUUUUAGAAGUUCGACGAAGUUAAUAUGCGUUGUCCUUGGAAGAAUUCUUAUCAGGAAGUUCCUUGCCACUGCAGCAGAAAUUUCCAUCGCUCCAUCACUCUAUAGUAUUUUAGGAAUCGUAAGAAUGAUAGAAAUAGUCAUGGGAGACUCUUCGACAAACAAGUAGAGAAAAUUUAAUCAAACUUUAGAUUCGUGCCUUGCUCUAGA